UCAUCGAUGGUAGUUGUAUGUCUGCCCGUUAGCUUCAAUUCCCUACUCUUUUAACCUUGGAAUCAAAUAUAUUCAUCAAGAACAACAAAGAAGAGCAAACUAGAGUUUUCUUUUAAAACUAGAAUUUCUUACAAGUUUCAUGGCCAGCAGUCAAAAUGGAGACAGAGCUAGACAACAUGGAGAACGUACAUGCAUGCGGGUCUGAAAUCCAAAACAAUUCGUGUUCAGGAAGUAUUGGAGGAGACAUAGACAUUGACGGGGAUCUCAGGUAUACAAGUUUGAAAGAUAUCAUUCCAGAUUCGCCAUCGACUCCAAUGAGCCUCAACAGUGAUGGAAAUUUCGAUUCAUCCAAUAUUUCAAUUAGGAACCAAUUGGUUAAACAGGCAGCUUCGGCGUAUCUUCAGUCGGCGAUGAUACUUGGAAGCCCAAAUCAGAGUUGGGUUGGGAGGGUAAGAAGGAAGAUACAUAAUAAAGCUGCAUGUUUUUCAUUGUGGCGUAUUUACGUAGCAAACCCAAUCAGAGCAUGUUUUUGGCAAAUAUUUCAGAUUGUAGGUCACUUGGUUUUUCAAAUUGGUGGUGUUUGGUGCAGUAACAGCAGAUCUUCAAUUGCUUGAACUUUCAUACUUGCGAAUUGCGAUCGAAUAGACAGACCAACGGCUAAUGUUCAUGUCUUCUUCCUUCCUUUUUUUUUUUUCUUUUUUUCUUUGUUCUUUUUAAAUCUCUCGUGUAAAUGUAGAUACUAACGGGAAAACUUGUAUAUUCGGAUUAAUGUUACAUGCUAGUUAAAUAUUUUUUAUUACUUUUUA